AUCAUAAUCCACAUUGGCGAUGGCGAGGACUGCGCGUCGAAUGGCGGCCUGCCGUGCUCAGUUGGAGGAUCGGGAGCAUCAGGGGAUCAAGGAUCAGAGAGAUCAGCAGGAUCAGGGAAUGGGCGUCCGCGAGAAGGCAUUCAAAAGUACCUGGAGGCCGUGGAGGCCAGGCAGCGCGUUCUGGAGAUUUCUUCCAGUCGAGCCGCAGUGUUCACUCUGACAAUGAACGCCGCUGAUGACGGACUGGCGCGGCAGCUGGCGUGCGCCAACGGGGGCGCCUGGUUUAGGCUGGACG